GCGCUGGCCGCGCUCGCGCGCGUCAAGGGGUGGCAGCUCCUCGCCGUCGGCGACUCCCACACGCCGACCGGGUGGGAGCUCAAGGGCGCCAUCUUCCUCUCACUCGAGCUGCAGGCGCAGCUCGGGUACCGCUCCGUCGACUUCCUGCCCUACGGCUCCCACGUACGCAAGACGGCGGGCUACCUCUUCGCCAUCCAGCACGGGGCCAAGGUGAUCUUCGACGCCGACGACCGCGCCGAGGUGCCGGGCAACGAUCUGGGGAAGCAUUUCGAUGUGGAUUUGGGAUCUGGAGUCACCAACCACCCCGUGCUGCUCCAGUACAGCCACGCGGAUCCCAAUCGCACGGUGGUGAACCCCUACGUGCACUUUGGCCAGCGAUCGGUCUGGCCGCGGGGGCUGCCACUCGAUAAGGUUGGAGAGGUGGCACAUGAGGUGUUCUACACCGAAGUGUUCAGUGGCCGGCAGUUCAUUCAGCAGGGGCUGUCAGAUGGGUUGCCGGAUGUGGAUGCUGUGUUCUACUUCACUCGGAAGCCACCAACUUCGGCAUUUGAUCUGAGGUUCGACUCAGAGGCCCCAAAGGUCGCGCUACCACAGGGCAUGAUGGCACCAGUGAACUCGUUCAAUACAUUGUUCCAGUCACCAGCUUUCUGGGGACUCAUGAUGCCGGUGUCUGUGAGCUCAAUGGCAGCAGAUGUGAUCCGUGGGUACUGGGCGCAACGGAUCUUGUGGGAGAUUGGUGGAUAUGUGGCUUUCUAUCCACCAACUAUUUACAGGAAGGAUCAUAUUCAAGCGUACCCAUUCGCAGAGGAGAAGGAUCUGCACGUGAAUGUUGGUCGGCUGAUCAAGUUCCUGAAUGAGUGGAGGUCGAACAAGAGGACGCUGUUUGAGAAGAUUCUUGAUUUGAGCUAUGCCAUGGCUGAGGAAGGGUUCUGGACAGAGCAGGAUGUUAGAUUAACAGCUGCUUGGCUUCAGGACCUGCUUGCUGUGGGCUAUCGGCAGCCUCGGCUCAUGUCAUUGGAGAUUGACAGGCAGCGGGCAACCAUUGGAGAGGGUGACAUGAAGGAGUUUGUGCCCAAGAAGCUGCCAUCUGUGCAUCUUGGGGUCGAUGAGAUUGGUACAGUUAACUAUGAGAUUGGAAAUCUUAUUAAGUGGAGAAAGAACUUUGGAAAUGUUGUGAUGAUCAUGCAUGUUAGUGGGCCUGUGGAUCGCACGGCACUUGAAUGGAGGCUGCUUUAUGGAAGGAUUUUCAAGACGGUCAUCAUUCUUGCUGAGCAGAGCAAUGCAGAGCUUGCUGUUGAACGCUCUACACUGUCACACGCUUAUAAGUAUUUGCCCAAGGUCUUCGAAAGAUAUAGUGGUGCAGAUGGAUUUCUCUUCCUUCAAGACCACAUGAUUCUAAACUACUGGAACCUGCUGCAAGCCGACAAGGACAAACUUUGGAUCACAAAUAAGAUUGCACAUUCUUGGGUUACUGUCCCACUGGAGAGCAAUAAGGAGGAAUGGUUUGUAAAACAGGGUGCACUGGUGAAGCAAGUCAUUGGCAAUUCCCCAGUUCAUUUCCAGACGAACUAUAAGGAAAACAUGGGCGAAGAGAAGAUCGCAUUUUGUGGCAGUGAACUCUUCUAUGUGCCCCGGCGAUUUGUUGAGGACUUUGGUGAUCUUGUGGGUCUUGUUGGCAGUUUGGAUUUGCAUCACAAGAUUGCAGUCCCGAUGUUCUUCUUGGCGAUGGACUCGCCUCAAAAUUUUGACUCUGAUGCUCUGGCUGGAACAGUGUUCAAGACCCAGUUGCCAGCCAAUGCAACAUUCUCAACUAUUUAUACAGCUCAAGCACCUGCUGUUUUCCCUGUGAAAGUUAUGAAUGAGAUUGAUUUCAUAAAGGUGAUUCGGCUGAUGUCCAAAGGAGACCCUCUUCUGAUGGAGUUGGUAUAAGGAUACAAUCUGUAGUUGAAGUGCACGUUUAUCCUUGAGGCCACGAGGACAGAGUAUACAAAGCAUAGUUUUGUGUUUUCUGGGGGUUUCUCCAUUACUGUUGUAAUUUCAUUUAUUCUGUUCAUUCUGUAGCUGUUCAUUUCUCUGCUGCUGUAUAUUGGUGUAUCAUUAGUGACAAGGUUACUGAGGAUCAGCUCGGUCCAGCUGUCCUGCUGAAAGAAAGGACAGCCCCAGCUACGAGUUCACGCAGAAGAGCUUCAACCUGGCCAGCUGCUAUUUUGCAAGAUUUUUGGGGUUGCCAAUAGUAAAGAUCCACACUUGAGCAAUUUGCUGUACCAUUCAAAUUUGACAAAUGAAACUGAUACAAACUCUUAAAGAGGGGCAUCUCGUGUUCAUUACAGAUAGCAUGAUAUAAUGGAAGUUGGCUAUUGUUGCAAGUUGGAAGAGAA